AUGCUAAAGUUAGAACUCUGUAGUUUUUUACUGACCACCUCCAAAGAUGAGCUCAUAGCUUCCAUAAUUUGCAUUGGCAAGUGCAUUGACAGCCUCGAGAGUGCUUUAGCUAAAAACAGGGUGUUGAUAGAUCAUAGAGUGAAUCCACCUAUGUUGGUUAGCAUAUCUAAAGAUUUGACCACUGAUAAAUUAAGGUCAAAUGCCAUGCUCCUCCUGAACCAUUUCAAAGAACAUACCCUCCAGUACUUUGUUAAUGCUUUCGUCCCUCCUGUUACUGCACCAGAUGAUGAAGUUGUGCACAAGUUUGCUAUCUUCAGGUCCCAUCUCGAAAAAUGCGAGUCUCUCUUUGACGGGGUCGUGAUGUAA